UUUCAAAUAGUUGUACCUCGGCCAAAUAUUGUCUUAUCCUAACAAACCAUACAUCAAUGGAAAGCUUAUUUCUGAUGUUGUAUAAUUGACGCUUAUGACUGGUUUUGUGGUCUAGGGUGACAUUUAUCUGAUAUGAAGUCAUGGUGAAUUGCAUGACAUAUACUGGCAUAUUGAGUUAUUCAUUUAUUAUGGUGACAAUUUAUUUUACUUACACUUUACAUGUACUUAGCCUCAUAUAAUAGUACAAAUCUUAAAUCUUGAUUUAUCGUCAUUAUUUGGGUGAAGGAAACGUUGCAAAUUAAAUCAUGUAGGUCCUAAAUUCUGAAUGAUCCGUAGUUCAAACAUCCUAAUGCAUUUCGUUUCCGAAUGGCAUGCAGUGGUUUACACUUUCACGUGUCUGUUUUCCUGAAGCUCAGCGCGUGAGAGGCGCGCUCCUCUGAGAUCCGCGCUCGUGUCAAUCAGCAGAAUUAUCGAGGCGCGCACCGCGCAGGCGUGAUCCAGUCUGAGCCGCGCGAGCUCGAGGCCAGUCGCUCGUGUAGCGCGUCUUCUUCCAUCUCCUCGGCUCUACCUCUCCCGCCGGACAUGCCCGCCGGCCCCCGGCGACCCUCCGCGCCUCUGCCGCACUUGUGGACCGAGCGUCUGUCCGGCGCCGCGUGAAUGGCCCUCCCGCCAUGGACGAAAUGCCGUUCCAGAAAGUCAAGACCCGGCGCAGGAGGAGCCACUGCCCGCCCGGGGUCAUCGCCUGCGAGGACGAGUUCGACUGCAAGGAGCUGGAGUCGCUCUUCCACAACUACAACCUGAAGCUCGACCAGACGUGCACGCUGAAGGCGCUGUCCGUGCUCAUCCUGCUGUCGUCCAGUCUCAGCCUGCUGGAGCUGCUGCUGUCCGGCGCCAGCCUCACCAUCGCCAAGGGCUCGUACCCGGUGCACUUCGUCGUCUUCAUCUCGCUCUUCAUCGUCACCAACGUCAAGUACCUGCAGGUGAGCCAGCUGCAGCAGAUCGCGCACCUGAGCCUGCUUUUCUGUUUCACCUUCUCGGUGCUGUGCUGCCCGUUCCCGCACGUGUCGGGCGCCGCGGGUCCGGAGCAGGGCGUGUGGCAGCUGCUGCUGCUGACGUUCGUGGCGUACGUGCUGCUGCCCGUGCGGACGCUGCUGGCGGUGCUGUUCGGGCUGCUGGUGUCCCUGUCGCACACCAUCGUCACGGCGACGUCGGUGACGGCCAAGACGCAGCGGCUGUGGAGAGCGCUGGUUGCGAACACGCUGCUCUUCACCAGUGUGAAUCUGUCGGGUCUGUUUGUUCGGAUCCUGACGGAGAGAGCGCAGCGCAAAGCGUUCCUACAGGCCCGAAACUGCAUCGAGGAGAGACUGCGCAUGGAGGACGAGAACGAGAAACAGGAGCGUCUGCUGAUGAGUCUGCUGCCCAGAAACGUGGCCAUGGAGAUGAAGGAGGACUUCCUGAAACCUCCCGAGAGGAUCUUCCACAAGAUUUACAUCCAGCGGCACGACAACGUCAGUAUCCUGUUUGCGGAUAUCGUGGGCUUCACGAGUCUGGCGUCUCAGUGCACGGCGCAGGAACUCGUCAAACUCCUCAACGAGCUCUUCGGCAAGUUCGACGAGCUCGCCACGGAGAAUCACUGCCGGCGGAUCAAGAUUCUGGGCGACUGCUACUACUGUGUGUCUGGCCUGACGCAGCCCAAGACGGAUCACGCUCACUGCUGCGUGGAGAUGGGUCUGGACAUGAUCGACACCAUCACGUCGGUGGCUGAAGCUACAGAGGUGGAUCUGAACAUGCGUGUGGGUCUGCACACGGGACGGGUGCUCUGUGGCGUGUUGGGCCUCAGGAAGUGGCAGUAUGACGUGUGGUCCAAUGACGUGACGCUGGCCAACGUGAUGGAGGCUGGAGGACUGCCCGGGAAGGUGCACAUCACUCGCUCCACGCUGGAGUGUCUGAAUGGAGAUUACGAGGUGGAGCCGGGAAACGGCCGCGAGAGACACUCGUUCCUGCUCAAACACGACAUUGAGACCUUCUUCAUAGUGCCAUCUCACCGCAGGAAGAUCUUUCCUGGUCUGAUCCUGUCAGACAUCAAACCUGCCAAAAAGAUGAAGUUUAAGACGGUGUGUUACUUACUGGUGCAGCUCAUGCACUGCCGCAAGAUGUUCAAGGCCGAGAUUCCCUUCUCCAACGUCAUGAACUGUGAGGACGGGGACAAGAGGAGGGUGCUGCGCUCGGCGCCGGAGAAGCUCAGGAACCGCACCCCCGUGACGGCCAACGCGGCUCAGAGCAGCCCGGGGACGCGCGUCAACCGCUACAUCAGCCGUCUGAUCGAGGCCCGGCAGACGGAGUCCGACACGGCCGACCUGCACUACCUCACGCUCAUGUACAGAGACUCGGAGCGAGAGCGCAGGUAUCAUCAGCUGAAUGACGAGUACUUCACCGGCGCUGUGGUUCUGUCUCUCAUCCUCACGGCUCUGAUCGGCAUCCUCUACCUGCUCAUCAUGCCACAAGGGACGGUCGUGCUGGUGCUGCUGGUCCUCUGCAUCUGUUUUCUGGUCGUGUGUAUCAUGUACCUGCACAUCACUAGAGUUCAGUGUUUUCCAGGGUGCCUCACCAUACAGAUCCGGACCGUGCUGUGUGUGUUCAUAGUGCUCUUAAUAUACGCCGUGGCCCAGGCCUGUGUGGUGGGCUGCAUGCCGUGGCUUUGGCCGACUAACUCCACGCGCUCCAUCGUGAUCAUCGACGUGUCCGGAGGUCUGAACCGCACCAUGGCCGAGCUGCCGUGCGAAGGAGCCCAGUACGCCUUCCUGUCCUGCAUGCUGGGGACGCUGACCAUGGCUCUGUUCCUGCGAGUGUCCUGGCUGUUCAAAAUCGUCCUUCUGCUGCUGCUGCUGGUGCUGUACGUCACCGUGCUGGAGCUCAGCGGAUUCAGACGCUCCUCAGGGACGGUGUUGUUGAGCGCUCGUGGUCUGGAGCCCAUCCUCUCUCUGCUGCUGUUCUUCACCGCUCUCGCCCUCCAGUCCAGACAGAUGGACCUCAAACUGCGCCUGGACUUUCUCUGGGCCACUCAGGCGGAGGAGGAGAGGGACGGCAUGGAGAAAGUCAAACUGGACAACAAGAGGAUCCUCUUCAACCUGCUGCCGGUUCAUGUGGCUCAACACUUCCUGCUGUCCAACCCCAGAAACAUGGAUCUGUAUUACCAGUCCUACGCUCAGGUCGGGGUUCUGUUCGCUUCCAUUCCCAACUUUAACGACUUCUACAUCGAGCUGGACGGAAACAACAUGGGCGUCGAGUGUCUGCGGCUGCUCAACGAGAUCAUCGCCGACUUCGACGAGCUCAUGGACAAAGAGUGUUAUAAAGACAUUGAGAAGAUCAAGACCAUCGGCAGCACGUACAUGGCAGCGGUGGGUUUGGUGCCCACCAUCGGAACCAAGGCAAAGAAAUCCACGGCAGAGCACCUGAGCAUCAUAGGAGACUUUGCCAUCGAGAUGUUUGACGUUCUGGAUGAAAUCAAUUAUCAGUCGUAUAAUGAUUUUGUCUUGAGAGUGGGUAUUAAUGUGGGUCCGGUGGUGGCCGGGGUCAUCGGGGCUCGCCGGCCGCAGUACGACAUCUGGGGAAACACGGUGAACGUGGCCAGCCGCAUGGACAGCACCGGAGUGCCUGGAAAGAUACAGGUGACGGAGGAAGUGUACCGUCUGCUUCAGAACGACUAUGAUCUGGUGUGUCGCGGCAAAGUCAGCGUGAAGGGCAAAGGUCAGAUGCUCACGUAUUUCCUGGAGGGUAAAGCGCAGGACGCGGGGAACAGAGCGCCGCAUCGCACCGGCGGUCUGGAGCGCAGGGUUCACGCCAUCGCCCGCUCCAGCAGCACGCACACCAAAGCCGAAAGCACCGCCUCCGUGGCCUCGGGAUUCGCCGCCCGGGUCGGCGUGAGCAGCGGCGCUCAUGGGACGCGUGGAGCCGCCGCUAACGUGCCUACGCUAGGAGAAGAGCUGGAGGAUAUGUAGGACCGAUCGCACACUACAGUAAACGCUUUCGCCAUUACAGGCACGAGUGUAACGACUGCAGGUGGAAAGAACGAAGCGUCUUCCCUUUGUAAGCAUUAAAGUUCUCAUCUGAGCAACAUGACACUGAUUCAGCUUCUCUAAACACGUUCCUGCUCCAGCUGUGAACGGAGCUUUUCACCAUCACAUCAGUUUCUCCUGGAUAAAUUCUCGUUCUGGAUUUCUUUCCCACAUGAAUCAUGGAUUUAGUGGCGUUGUGGAUGCCAUUUCACGGAUUCACAAGAGCCGAAUGAUUUUUGAAAUGUGAAGGAUUUUUUUGCACCGCAGAAACAUUCAGAGCCUCGACUGAUCUUCAGAAAUGCGUAAUUUCUCAAUUUUUAUGCCAACUUCUUAUAUGAGCUGUACAUAGUAGAUGUUCUUAUGAUCAGAGUUUGUGUAUUUUUUGUAUUGAACUCUCCAGUGCAUUUGAAUGAAUGUGAUAUUGUGUGUGUGAUGAGUUUAUAAUAUAAAGAGCAGCAAUAGAAGCAGGACGUGCUCUGCAACAAUGCACUAGAUUUAUUCUCACACACUUUUCCUCAUCUUCAUCACGCCACACGUUUCUACAGUUUGAGACUGGAGAAAUCAAAGAUCUCAGAUGUUUCUAGCUGCAGAAAAUAAUAAUAAUACAAUAAAAAACAAGUUAUGUGACACAUCAGGAUACAGAAUGAUUAUAUGUCAGUACAUAUUGUUUAUGUACUGCAGUAUGUGUGUUUAGAACAAGAGAAAUCAUGGAGUUUGAUCACAGCUUCAUCAUCAUUGGCCGCAGUCACACUGACGGACUGUUCUGACACUGUAAACUACGAUCUGAUGUUUAUAUGCAUACAUACAGUGGAGUCCAAAACAUCUGACACUGCAUUGAAAAAGCUUCAGUUUCACAUUUUGGUAAUUGAAUUUAAUUUUUCAAAUAGAAUCAAAUAGAGUGAGGUGUAGUGAAAAUAUGAAUGUGAAAAUGUCACAUGAUCAGUGACACUCAUUGACUUAAGUUGAUAGAAUGUUUGUUAUCUGUUGUUUACUAUAGCAGUCGUCUGGUGUUUACUGAUGCUCUCGGAAUGAUAGCACAAAAACAUCAGUUAUACGUCAUUGAUGGAACCUUUUAUUUCUGAACCAUUUAAAUUGGAUGUUCAUUCAUGUUUUUUAAAUGUUACUACUAAAUGCUACUACUCAAAAUAACCAAAGAACAUAUAAAAAUAACAGUCCCAUGAUGUUUGCAAAAUUAUACAUUAUAAACUCCCUUAAAGUUUGUGUAGCCAGAUAAAUACUACUACUACUAAAAAACACACCAUUUUGAACAUUCAUAGAACGUUCAGAAAUAACGUUUUCAUAAUUUAAAUGGAAUGUUAGCAAAAUAUUUGCAGAGCAUAUUUUUGUCAGCUGGCUAUUUAUUGAAUGUCAUAAUUUAAAUAAUUUUUCUAUCCAGAUUUAAAUGAUAUUUUGUAUCUCAGACUGAUUGUCAGUGUGGUGUCAGGCAUUUGGGCCACUCUCUCUCUCUCUCUCUCUCUGUGUGUGUGUGUGUGUGUGUAUGUGUGUGUGUGCAUGAAGUGAUAAAGUGUGUGAUUAGCAGGGACAAACCUCCACAUGCUGAAUAUGUGCCAAUUCUAUCCAAUCUCAAUCUGAUGUGUAAUAACUGGACACGAUUCUGUCAUCAGCAUUCACCUUAAUAAUAUCAGCGUGACAUUCAGAUGCAGAUGAAACAUGAUGGGACAAAGACUGAAACUAUCAAAUACUGUUUUAUACAGAACUACAGUUUAUGCAUGACAACAUUUUUACUCAUAGAUGAGUGACGUGUUACUGAGGCUUCGACCUGAGUGAGGCGGUUGGUUUGAUGUUAAAGAGGUCAGUUAGUUGCGGUGUGUGUGGAGACAAGGGUACAGUGACCAACUACUGACACAGAGGUCAGCGACCCGUCCAUGAGGAACGCUGCGUCACACACCCACACACACAGUAUAGAUCUCUGUAGACUGGUGCGUGUUUACAAGCACAAAACUCAUUCUCUGAUCUGUACAUUUCUGAGACUGUUUGUGAGGAGAAACAAUGAUUCUUUCUAUAUUUCUAUGGCAAAUGUUUAUUUUCAUGCUGAUGUUUUGAAUCAUGUCGCUUUUCUUCUUCAGGGUAUGAAUCGAUCUCUCAGUCGCUCUCUGUACUGUCGAUACAGUAUUCUUGCCUUAUUUGACACGCUUGCGGUGGUUGAAGUCAUUUGCCUUUUAGCUCUUUGAUAUACAGAAGUGUAUUUUGUAAAUACAGCCAUGUAUGAUAUGCUGUCCUCUGUACAGUGUAAACCUGAGCAAUACCAGAUUUUGUAAUAA